AUUUAGGUUUCCAAACAGCAUGCGUUAGCCUCACAUCUCAGCCCAAAAUCCAUUGUAACAGCAAUAAUUAGUUUGAAUAUGAACUCAAUAGUGAUUUUUAUUCUACCCCUUUUCGUGGGCUUAGGAAUCGGACUCGGGGCACCUUUUUCAAACGAGAUCCCUGGCAAAAUGGCAGAGCCAAAUAAGACGGUGAAUGUCAAAACUGAAGAGUUCCAGCUGCAGUCCUUUGGGUCCUUGGGUCUGCAGAAGAUUCCGCAGUACUUGAUCAAUCUCAUAAGAAACGUGGACAGCGAGAUCCCGGGCGAGAGAAACCAGAACCUUUCACUGCGCAAUGUUGGCGCUUUGAGAAAGCGCCUAUAUACUCAGAACGCAGCGGGAAGUCCAAAAAUGGGUUAUUUGGAUCUAAUGGUGUUUCUCAUCGACCAUAUCUGCAGAUUUAUGGGGCUCAUUUCAUAGGCUCCAGGUAUUUUCAUAUAUUUUCCAGUUGGGAGGGAUUUAAACGCACUCAUAAAUACGAAAAUGAAAGGAGAAGACGAUGAGGUUUUGAUGAUUUCAAAUGAGAGGAACUUGAUGAGUUUUUUUUUGGUCAAGUACAUUUAUUUCGAAUUCAUUUUUGAACGAGGCCAAAGGGCAGAAAAGAAGUAUUGAAAUUGUCAAAUGAUAAGGGAAUUUAACGAAGGAAGAACAAAGAAAUAUUCCAGAAAGCUUUCAACUGAAGACGCAAGAAAAGAUUUUCCAAAUAAUAAACAACAGAUAACAAGGUA